GGCACAUUCAUACACACACUCGGAGGGAGAGGCAGUGUGUUAGUGGAGGAGCCUGUCGUGUGGACUGUAUUGAAGAGAGGAGAAGAGCGGAGCAACAGACUCUACCAUGCCAGUGCAGGGUGAAAGGCUGAAGCGCUGUCUCUCUCUCUGCCUCUGGAGCCGGAGUCCUCUGCUGCUGCUUGGACUGUUCUCUCUUCACGCACAAGCACACGGGAACAUAUUGGACAGUAUGCUCCUGAGAGCAUCCAGCAAGGAGUCAGAGGAGAACGGGAAGGAGACCAAUGGCAGCACAGCGUCCUCCCAACAACUACUGUGGUGUCACUGUUACCACUACUGCCCCGAAGAUUCAAAGAAUAAUACAUGCAGGACUGAUGGCUACUGUUUCACAAUGGUGGAGGAGGAGGAAGGGGUGCCAGUCCAGACUGCAGGAUGCCUCGGGCUCCCAGGAUCAGAAUUUCAGUGUAGGGAGUUUGGGAACUCUCGUCAAAGGAGAUCCCUGGAGUGCUGCACAGACCAAGAUUAUUGUAACAAAAACCUGCAUCCUACGCUGCCACCACUCAAACCACCUCUCUAUGACGAUGGAAAGAUCCACCACAUGGCCUUGUUGAUCUCAGUCGUUGUAUGCAGCAUUAUACUGGCUGCCAUUGUUGUCUUCUGCUACUUCAGGUAUAAGCGUCAGGAGUCUCGUCCUCGGUACAGCAUUGGUCUGGAGGAGGAUGAGACCUACAUCCCCCCUGGAGAAUCUCUGAGGGACCUGAUAGAGCAGUCACAAAGCUCUGGCUCAGGCUCAGGGCUCCCUCUUUUGGUGCAGCGAACAAUAGCCAAGCAGAUCCAGAUGAUGAAGCAGAUAGGCAAGGGGAGGUAUGGCGAGGUGUGGAUGGGCCGAUGGAGGGGAGAAAAAGUGGCCGUUAAAGUAUUCUUUACCACUGAGGAGGCUAGUUGGUUCAGAGAGACUGAGAUUUACCAGACCGUCCUAAUGAGACAUGAGAACAUACUGGGUUUCAUAGCAGCUGAUAUUAAAGGAACUGGCUCCUGGACUCAACUCUACCUGAUCACGGACUACCAUGAAAAUGGCUCUUUGUACGACUACCUCAAAUCAACCACUCUCGACAACAAGGCCAUGCUGCGGCUGGCCUACUCCUCUGUGUCAGGCCUUUGUCACCUCCACACCGAGAUCUUUGGCACCCAGGGCAAACCUGCCAUUGCUCACAGGGAUCUGAAGAGUAAGAACAUACUGGUGAAAAGAAAUGGGACCUGCUGCAUAGCUGACCUCGGACUGGCAGUCAAGUUUAUCAGUGACACCAAUGAGGUAGACAUCCCUCCCAACACUAGAGUCGGUACAAAGCGCUACAUGCCUCCAGAGGUUCUGGACGAGACUCUGAACAGAAGUCAUUUCCAGUCGUACAUAAUGGCCGACAUGUACAGCUUUGGGCUCAUUCUCUGGGAGAUCGCUCGCCGUUGUGUUUCAGGAGGGAUUCUUGAAGAGUACCAGUUGCCGUACCAUGAGUUGGUUCCUACAGACCCUUCAUAUGAAGACAUGAGAGAGGUGGUCUGCAUCAAGAGACUACGACCAUCCUUUCCUAAUCGAUGGACCAGCGAUGAGUGUUUGAGACAGAUGGGAAAGCUGAUGACAGAAUGCUGGGCCCACAACCCGGCCUGCCGCCUCACAGCCCUACGGGUCAAAAAGACACUUGCGAAGAUGUCAGAAUCGCAGGACAUCAAGCUGUGAGCAGGCACUGCCAGCUGUGUGUUUACACACAUAGAAAGGGCACUAGCAAUCACACUGGCUCUGGUCCAGGCCACACAAUCCUGUUUCCUGGGAACAGGAGGUGGGAGAGGAAGCAAGAUCACCACUUGAAGAGCGCAGGAUCACACACCUUGAGUCCAGAUACCCAGAACUCUACAAUCCCCCUUGAAAACAUGUAUUUCAGGACUCCAAUGGUCUUAUAACUACAACUCAAAUUCAUUUUAAAAAGCAUCUUGCCCACUGUGGCCCUGUUCUGUCCAUCUGAGAAGAUGAAACUUUUUCAUUUCAAACUAACUCAAGUUCCUGUUCACAUGCUUCAAAAGCCCUGGAAAAAAAGAUUGAGUUUAACUUGGCACUGUAGCUGCAAACAAGCUACUGAUCAGUGAGCGGAAUACUCAAUCACUGCUUUCUGUGAAAGCUCCCCUUCCUGUAGAUGAAGGUCCGAUUGAUAGAACAAAAAGGAUGUGCUGAUAGUGUUUUGAUAGGAGGUGUCAUGCUGCAAUGUCAACCCACUACUGCCUUUAUGUUCUACAGUAAUUGGAUUGAACACACUUUUGUCACUCUUAAAUGUAGUUCUUUUACAAUGACUGACACUAUGUGGCAGAAAAAAAGGCUUUAAAAGUGUGUUGGUGUUAAAGAAACGUUUGAAGACACUGAAGAUAAGGUGCAUCUGAAUUUUUGAGUUGUGAAAUGAUAUACAUGUUGAAAAAGCUUGUUUUCCAUGUAAAACUCAAACUCUUUGAGACUCUUUGUGAAAAAAUAAAGUGUAUAUGUCCAAACUAAUUCUGGAUUGAGGCUCUACAUGCCUCUGUGUUUCCUCGCCCUGUGUCAGGGGGAGGGGGCUUUACAUUAAUGACGCGAUUGAAGCAGAGCGAUGCCACCCGUAGGUGCUCCGCAGCACACGAACUGUAGUGGCGACUUUCUUGCUUGAUGAUGUAGUGAUUUAUUGUAAAUGUGUGGAAUUGUGCCUGUGUUUGUUUAGGGUGAUCACGAGUUGUUUGUCAAUGGGCACUGCUAUCAUUCAGACACUCCCAAUAAUACAGAGUGGCUCCCAUAAAUAGGCUGAUGAUGGAUGUGUGUGUUUUAGGCGACUGGGCCAGAAGCCUUCGCUUAAGAUGCAACCGCCAUACACACAGUAUUGUUGAAAAAGAGACUGGACCUAGAACACGUCCACAGCCUUCACCAAACCAGCACCAGACUUACCCAGUGGACGUCCCCGCCUCCUGACCACCAGCUGCCUCAUUCAUACACAUUAAAGUACACGUUGAACUGAUUCGCCAUCAUAAACCAUUUGCAGCUGUUACACUGAAAUAAAGUGGCGAUUGUCAUUAAAAAGUAAAUCCAUCAUCUGGCUUCUAUCAGGCGAGUUCCUCUGCUGAUAUAAAUUCUCACAUGGUAGCAGUCAAGUAUUAGAAAGCUUUAACAGCCUUACUGUCUCGGUAUGAAAUGGUUCUCAAGGUAGAUCUUGAACCUUUCAUCAUCACAGUUAGCGGACUGUUAGCUUACAGUGGUCUGCUAUCACAUUAAUUCAUUUUUAGCUUUUUUUUUAGUCCAUUUGUAAAAUCCUCGAUGAACUUUGCUUCAGGUCGAUGAGUUAUGUUUUUUUUUUUAUUUCUGCCAACUAAAAUAAUAGAAGGCUCUAUCAUUGUCGAGAUGUGUUGUGUUAUACGUGCCCUUUCUUUCCUCUUGGGUGUUGUGCCUUAUUUAAUCUGUACCUACUGUAGUACUGUCUGUGAGAGAAAGUGAUGUUUUGAAUUCAAUAAAAAGGAUGAACAUUCCCCUAAUAAAGUGUUUCACUCAUC